UGAGUAGAUAACUGAUAGCCCACUGUGGGUUUAUUAUAUGUCAAUAAGGAGUUUAGAUUAAUGGAUUACCAAGCAAAUGCUGUGUGAAGUCUUUAUAAAGCUCCAGUUUGGCACCGGGAGCACAGAGCUCUGACUGCUAGGUGGUCUGAGUGCUAAGAAGAGAGAAAGCCUGAAAGACAUAAAAGAAAGACAGAGAAAGACCAAAGUCAGAAAACAAAUAUAUUUAGGUUAGGAAAGGCAAGAUUUCGCGGGCAUUAUGAAAGGCUUUCUUUACUUUACAUUCUUCGCAGUCCUCUUACUGGUACACAGCUCCCAGGCUGUCUACGUUCAGGAUGGAGAGUUGAAAUUCUCCCUUGAGUCUGUGAAGAAGCUAAAGGAACUUAUGGAUGAGAACAGACAUAUUAACCCUCGUAUGGCAGUUUCAGUGGCUAGCUAUUCUCCAUGUGAUGAAAAAGAUCUCCCUGAGGAGUUCCAAUCUGUGUGCAAAAGAGGAGAUGCAUCCAUGAUUUUUGAGAGGCUGAGCCUGGCUGUCGGAGAAAAUGAUUUGUGUGAAAUCUGUGCCAAUGCUGCCUGCGCUGGUUGCUUUUGAAUAAGAAUGAAACAACCCAAAGAAGAUUUGUCAAGCUAGGAAGUUUGUGCAUUCAUAUUGCAAGAUCAUAUACUUUCACGAAUCAAAAUUUGAUCUCCAUCUCCACUACAGUCAAACUGGAGCUGCUAGCUCAUGUAGACUUACCAGGGGUAGUCCUGAAGUAGUCGGAUCAGGUGCCACCAGCAGUGCAGUUCUAGCAACAAGGAGACUGUAAACCUCAGCUGAGAGGUUUCAGUUCUGCAUUGUUUGUCUCACUGGAACAAAAAUGCCCUGGGCACACAGUUUCAUUUUCCACUAUUUUGUUUGCAUUGGAACGCGAUGGGUGAAACUGAGCAGUCUCCUGCAGCCUUUUUAAUAUUUAAAUCUGCCCGAGAUUUGACCUCCCCUACACAUAACCUCAGCAGUAUUGGGUUAUCAUCUUCUACAGACCAUCCUUACCACUGCGUUGGAUAACUAUCUCUUUACCUGUAGGUCUGCAUGUGAUGUGUUAUGUUUGUAACAGAACUGCAGCAAGUAAUUUGGGGACAAGCUACUGGUGGUUAGCAAUACUUUCAUAGGCAGAAAAUUCUCAGUCUGUUACUUAGACUAAUUGUUGCCAGUUUAGGGAAUGGAUGUACAGGAGCGUAUUCCAAGCGUUCCUUGGAAGCUCCCUUCUUUUGACAGAUAUUCAUAUUCAUUAAGCUCUAUUUAGGAGAAACGAAGUCCAAACUGCAAUGCUGGAAUCACUUUGAAAUUAAAAUAUUGCCUUGUGUUUUUAUUUAUUGGUGGCAAGAUUGUAAAGAAAGGAUCUGCCCGUGUUUAUAUGCUGCAUAUGAAAUAAAAGCUAGUAAUAAUUUGGGGUUUUCUUUGUUUAUGUUUUAGCUGGAUUUUGUGGUGGGAUUUCUUUGUGAUAGUCUGCUUGCCUACUUGCUUUUCUUCUAUGUCAGUUCUUUCAUGUCUAAGUCUUCACUGGAAUAAAAGGUAUCUUGUUAAUACUGUCCUGAACUUAAAA